AGUGAAUGUGAAGCAGCUUCCUUUCGAGCAUGGUGGAUGAAACAUUGAGGAGUAAAAACCAGAUAUGACUCGUUCAAAGCAGAUUGGGAAUCACAAAAAUGAUAAAAAGAAAAAUAUUGCGAAGAGUUGGAAAACCAAGAGGAGAGUGAAGGAUAUAGAUCAAAUACAUGUAGAUAUGCUCCCCGAGAAUUCUGGGCGUUUGUUAAAGCAGGAAAUUGACUAUGAUGUCCCUGGAAAUGCUCAGCACUACUGUCUACAUUGCGCGAGAUAUUUUGUGGAUCUGAAGACGUUAAAAGAGCAUUUCAAAACUAAAGUCCACAAAAGAAGGCUAAAGCAACUGAGAGACGAGCCGUACACUCAGGAAGAAGCAGAAAGAGCAGCGGGCAUGGGCUCCUACAUAUCACCAAAACCAGUCCAGGUUCAGACACAGGAGGUAGCAAUGGAAUGAUUACCCCUUACUUUGGAAUUUCAUAGACCCUGUGGACAGAAACUGAAUGGCUUACCUUCUGUCUUCUGGUCGGAAACCAUGCGAAUGUGGAACUUGCAGUUUCUAACAGUAACACCUUUUUGAUUUAUGCAUAUCAUUUGUCUAGUCAAAACACUUUGGUGUACUGCAGAGAGGCUGAUCUAUUAAAUAUUUCCUU